ACUUUGUGAUCCGGCACCCCUGCAUACAUUUGGAAACAAAAAAUUCAAUUUUAUCGCAAUUGAAACCCCGGUAAAGCGAAUUUAAUUAAAAUCCCAUCGUCGAUUCUCCAUUCUUUUCACUUUUUAUCAUCUAACUUGGGUUUUUUUUCCCUUUCAAAUUUAGCGUUUUAAUAAUGUAACCUUAUUUUCGUGUAAACCCACGAUUCUUACGGGAGUCGAGUGUCGUCCAGCAGUUUUCCUCCGGUCGACACUCGAGCACGUUGCUGGGGGCGUUUUAGUUUUAAUUUUCUUUUCCGGCUCUCGUUUGUUUUCCCCCGACGUGGGACCACUUUCGAUCUUGCGUCUGCAGCUCCGAAAGGCCCUCAACUCCAGCGCGUUUAUGUCCAAAAUGCAGAACAAAGUCACAGUCGUUCUGGGCGCUCAGUGGGGCGACGAAGGCAAGGGCAAAGUCGUCGACAUGCUCGCCACUUCCGCUGAUCUCGUCUGCAGAUGUCAGGGCGGGAACAACGCUGGCCAUACGGUCGUCGUCGAAAAACAGGAGUUCGACUUCCACCUUUUGCCCAGUGGCAUCAUCAACCCCAAAUGCAUUUCAAUCAUUGGAAAUGGGGUGGUGGUUCACAUGCCAGGACUAUUUGAAGAGCUUCACCAAAAUGAAACAAAAGGACUAGUCGGUUGGAAGGAUAGGUUAUUAAUUUCCGAUAGGGCACAUAUGGUUUUUGACUUCCAUCAGCAAGUCGAUGGAUUGCAAGAGCUGGAAAAGGGGAAGAUGUCAAUCGGUACUACUAAAAAAGGUAUCGGUCCGGCUUAUUCAUCGAAAGCUACAAGAAAUGGGAUACGAAUAGCAGAUUUAAUCGGUGAUUUUAACACAUUUUCCGAAAAAUUUAUCUCUCUGGCAAACAUGUACAAAAAGAUAUUCCCAGAUCUUGAGGUGAAUGUUAAGGAGGAGCUUGAGAGAUACCGUGACUAUGCCGAGAAAAUUCGUCCACUAGUUGUAGAAACCGUUUCAUACAUACACUCUGCACUUAAAAGUGGGAAAAAUAUUCUGGUGGAAGGGGCUAACGCCGCAAUGUUGGAUAUAGAUUUUGGUACUUACCCUUAUGUAACAUCAUCUAACUGUAGUAUUGGAGGUGUAUGCACUGGUUUGGGCCUUCCACCUUCAACAAUUGGUGAUGUUGUCGGAGUUGUAAAAGCUUACACAACCAGAGUUGGAGAUGGACCUUUUCCCACAGAACUAACUGAUGAAGUUGGGGAAAUGUUGGUUGUUCGGGGUGGAGAAUAUGGUGUUACUACAAAACGGAGAAGGCGUUGUGGAUGGCUCGAUAUUCCUGUUUUGCAAUAUACUUCAAUGGUCAACGGUUAUACGAGAUUGUGCAUUACAAAGCUUGAUAUACUUGAUGAAUUAGAUUGCAUCAAACUUGGUGUCUUUUAUAAGAAAAAUAACCAAAAAAUAAAUUACUUCCCAUCAUGUGCAGCCGAACUCAGUACAGUUGAGGUUGAAUUCUUAGAGAUGAAAGGCUGGAAAUCAAAUAUUGAAGGUGUUAGAGAAUUCGCAGAUUUACCACAAGAAGCAAAGGAUUACAUAUUAAAAAUUCAGGAAUUGGUUGGAGUUCCAGUUAAAUGGAUUGGUGUUGGCAAAGGAAGAGAAUGUAUUAUAGAAGUGAACUAAUAAAAGUGGACCAGCUACUGCUGCUUAGAAGGCUAUAACUAAUGCUAUAGAAGGCAUUAAGCAGAUAAUAAAAUAAAAAAAUUGCAGGAUGGAAAAUUUUUUAUUACAAUUAAACUUACUUUGAACACCAAACUGGCUUAAGUAUCAUAUUUGUAUACAUAUCAAGAAAUACAUUUUAUUUUUAUUUUAUUUUUGUUUUAAAUAGUUAUAGCUUGUUAACAUUGCAAGUUUUAUUUUUGGCAAAGGCAAUUUAAAAAACAAAAAAUUCAUUAUGAUUUGCUGAUUUCCCAUUUUUUAGUUGUAUUGAGAAUGGACUAUGAUCAUUAUUAAAUAUAAUAAUAUUGGAGUGAAUUGAAAGUAUUUAUGAGCUGCUUCAGUUCUUAUUUAGUGGCAUUUGUCCGAUUUUUGUUCUUUUAUUUAUAUUACACCAUAUAGUUCACUACAUCUAGAAUUAGGUGACUAUUGUUUAAUUUAGUGUUAUUUGAUAGUAAUUUACCAACUUUGUGGGUUUGGAUGGUGUCAUUUGUUCUCCAUCAUUCUCCUCUUUGAAAUGUAAACUGGGCAUUAAUUAUUAUUCCAUUAUAUUGAUAUAAUUAUGAAAUAGCCAUCUUUGUUGAAAUUAUUGCAUAGUUCAUAAUUUCAUUUUUUUAAAAAUAAUAUGCAAUAAUUACUCAAUCAGUAUUUGAAAGAGUAAACAUAAUUUUCCUCCACUUGUGGGGCUUAGGUCCUAAACUUAAUUGCUAAAAUCAGACCACACUGUGGCUGUUUGUUAUAAAAAUAAAUUAAUAAUUUUAGUUUGUCUUAGUACCUGGAAUGUUAUUUCCUACACAUGGUUGAUAUUUUCUAUAACAAUUUUAAAUUUAUUUAGAAAUUAAAAAUGUUAAAUUUCAUUAAUUUUUAUUAACUUUAAUUAUGACAUGGUAAUAUGCAACAGUUAUUUGAAACCUUGUUGGUUACCACUUUCAAGUCCAACUUUCACUAAAUUCCAGUAAAAACAACAGUCAGAAAUAUAACUUGGGGGAAAAAAAUCAAAAGAAAAGGAAUAAACUACCUACUGGAAUGAACACUAGAUUGCACCAAUAAAAACUUUAAUUCAGAAGUUAUUAAAAUAAAUAUAUUAAAGAGGAAUAGGUUUAAAAUGACCUUCCUGUUGAUGUCUCAAACAAGCUUUCUUUACAGUCAAGCAAAUUACUUAGCAGAGGCUUUCUCUUUGAGGUUAUGGAAGCUUUAAAGUGAAUGUCCUUACAAAACAAGACAAUUUUAAUUUGGACUGUCCUAAACCUAGGAAAGUUCUCUGUGGUUACUAUAAAAAGUAAAAAUCAUGUUUUUAAUCCUGUCGAACCAAUUCAAGCAAUCUUGUCAUUACCAUUUCCUAAAUGGUUCUUUCUUUGAGAUCAAAAAUUGAUCAGCUUUCACUUUGCUGUUUGCCAUCACUUAUCAUCAAUCACAGCGGUAAUUUUAACAUUCAUUGUGUUUGGUGCAGCUGGGUACAAUAAAAUUAAAAGUAGACUCACUCCCUACUUAUUUAUUAUCUUCGGCGUAAUUUCUAAAAGACAUUUUACUAUUUGCUUGAACUUUUUCUGCAUUGACAGUUCAUUGCCUGUUCUCUUGUUUUCUGGUCCUCGCGUUCUUUUCAUCUCAUCUAUUGAUAUGAAAAACCGUAGGGCGGAGCAAUCUUUCAAGCGGGAUUAUAAGUAUAGUUUUUUUGUCAUUUAAAAAGAUGGAACCUUUGUGAGAGUUCAUGGCCUGGAGCAACUUAAAUUUUUUUCCCUAAAAAUCUACCCUACACUUCAUUGCUAGUAUCUGGCAUACAAGUAUAUCUUAAAAACAAUAACACAAUAGAAAAGAAAGUUUUUUUUUAUCCUCACUGAUUAAAUAAAUAACAAUUUUAAUGAUAAUUGUGUGUCUUUUUAGAUAAAAAAAUUAAAAUUUUAUGUUAAACAAGGAAUAAAACGGUGUUUCCUAAGUUGUUAAUUCCCUUGUUUCUGGUUUAGUAGCACAUUGUAAUUUUGAAAUUGUAUUGAUAAAGUUAUAAUUUUAUGUUUAACCUUGUUAAAUAUUUAUUUAUUAAUAAAUGGUUAAUAGAUAAUUAAUUUUAAAAAAUUGUAGAUUGAAAAGGAUAAUAAUAUAUUAAAACCAAUCCUUAAGAGCCUCUGCCAUUAGCUUUCCAUUAUUUUUGACCAAUUUAAAAUUAGAAUUUUAUAAACAGUAUUGUUAUGACAAUAUAUUACCUUAUAAACUUUUAAUUUUUAAAAUUACAAGUGAUGAUUAUUUACAACAGUGUAUUACUUAAAGAAGUAUUAUAUAUUGUAAUUGUGGUUGUGAAUUAGCUGCUGCAAAACAAUUUUACUUGUAGUCCCUUAUUUUUAUUUUUGUUCUGUUGCAAUAGAUUUUUGUUUAUAUUCUCAAGUGAAAUUCUCAUUAAAAUUGAUCACAUCAGAUAGAACGACAAUGUCAAAAAAAUAAAACUAAUUAAAUUUUCUUUCCAACUGAAAGUGUACUUAAAACGCUUGCUUAAUUCGUGUUAUCAUGCUCAAUUAUUAAAAUUUGUUCUUCAAUCUUUUGUAAAUAUAGUUGAUAAAAAACGUAAAAAUAAAAAAUACAAAUAAAAAAUGUGUGCCUUUAAAAAUACCAUAUCUACCAAGGAGUCUAAGACUGGUAUGAUGGUAAACUCAGUGCAUUAUAUUAUUUACCCAGUUUAAAAAAUAAUUAUUGCAUUAAACACUAGGUUAUUAUUAUUUAUUAAACUGUGUAAAAUUAACAAUCUGUCAUUAGUUUAUUGAUUAGAGUUUAUUUCUUACAAAUAGGUGCACAUUUUAAUUUAUAUCAAAGAGUAUAAUUUAAAUGUGUUACCACAUAUUUUGAUUUGUAUUCAAGCGUACAUUAUAAACAUUCUUCUGUUAUAUAUUACAAAAGACGGCCUUUUUUACCAGGAUUUUGAAUUAUUACAAUUUGAAUGAACAAUGGAAAUUUAUUCACUAAAAUGAGUGUUUGAAGUUGGUGUGUUUCCAUUAUUUUGUACUACUAAUAUAGAAACGUUACCAAUAAUGGUGCUAUGCAAUUAGUCAUUCACUUCUUUAAGAAUUUGAGGAUAUAAAUUGAAUAUUUUUAUAAUUUUGAGUAAUCUUCAUAAUAAUACGUGUGAAAUUCAUUUAUUGAAUAUUAAGGCAGACGUUGUUUUUAUUUAACUUUUACAUUUCAUUCAUUUGUACCGCUCUAUUAUGUUCAAUUUGUUGUAUUUGUUAUUACAAUCUUUAGUUCAUGAAAAGUCAAUUUAGCAGUAUUAUUUUGCCUAGUUUUAACACAAAUUUGUUAAAAGGGCGGUACUUGUUGAUGUCAAUUGGAGAUAUGUGUUAUAAAUUGCUUUAUAUUCAAAACAUUUAUCGCUUCAUUUAAAAAAACACUAAUUAUUGUUAAUUUAGCCUGUGCUUAAAUAAUAAAUUACAGAAUAUAACGGUUUACUUUGCAAAUUGUAAAUUGAAUUUUGGUUACCAUAAAUAAAUACUAUUGGAUGAAAUGUGAUAUUUGAACAUUUUUUAUUAUUACUUAUUUGUAUUAGUACUUAUGCAUUGUCAACAAAUAAUGCACAUGCUUGUAGAAAAAAUACUCCUGUUUUGAAACUAGUUUCAUUUUUAUAACUUGUCUCUUCCUAAAUUUAACGAACUUUUGUUUGAAUUCAUAAUUAUGAUUUCGUCUUAAACUAUGACUAAGAGCAGAUAAAUGCCAAAUUUUUGUAAACAAAAAAGAUAGUUAUUGCGGUUAUUUGCUCAAAUAUAUUUUAAUUUCUCCUCUUACGAUUCAAAAAUAAUAUGCUUCAGUUAUUUUGUGUAAUAUUAAUAUCCUACUUAUAACAAAAAAAAAAUCUAAACAAGCUUUUAUAAAGAUGUGCAUUAUAUUGUCAAAUUAUGGCUUUUAUAUUUAUAUUGAAAUUACAGUAUUGUGAUCACAAUCAAUUACCUAAAUAUUUUGUUUCCCGGAAUUGUGAUAAAUUAUUGCAAAGUUAUGGUUUAUUUCUAGUCCGUUUAAAAUUUGGGUUAAGAUCAAUUUGAAAACAGAAACUUUGUAUUACAAUAAGGCUAUGCCUCACUUGGAUCAGAUUUGAAAUAGUUUACUAAUAUUUUUCUUUAAAUAAAAAUUCUGUUCAAAUGUUGAAUUCCAAAUGUAAACGGCACAUUAUUGUACAUAUUUUUGUUCGUUUCAUUUAGCCUGUAAGUUUAAAUGUUGUAAAAUAAAAUAAAAACUAGUUAACCAUUUUGCGUAUAUUUAUAGCAUCUUAAAUAUGUUUACCAUGUAAAAUCCUAUAUUAAUUGAAAUAUAUAUACUUUAAUUAUUAUUUAGAACGUACGUCCAACUUAAAUAAAAUUUCAACUACUUGUGUAACACUCAUUUGUGCCAACACAUCAUAAACAUAAUUUCUUUUAAUACAUAAGACAUUUUAGUGUUUUUAAUUAUUAAAAUAAUUACUAAAUAAACAAAUUGUAAAUGGAUGACACUAACACUUUAACAUCUGACUUUAAAACAAACACAGCGGCAUUUUCAUAAAAUGUACACCAGUUAACGAUCAACAUUAUUUUUUGACAAUAAGUGUAUAUAAUGUAAAUGUCAAUGUUAUUCUUUGUAAAGUGUAUAUAAUAUACAUUGGAUUAUAUUUAUGGGAUGUUAAAGACAGUUUGUACGAAUUGUACAAAAAUUAUCUUCUCUUUGUUUUUGAGCUCAUCUUAAUAUAAAAAUUGUUGGAA